AUGGAGAGUGGGGUGGCUUUUGGGGGGGGGGGGGGGGGGGGGGGGGGGGGGGGGGGGGGUUGGGGGGGGGGGGGUUGGGGGGGGGGGGGGGGGGGGGGGGGGGGGGGGGGGGGGGGGGGGGGGGGGGGGGGGGGGUGGGGGGGGGGGGGGGGGGGGGGGGGGGGGGGGGGGGGGGGGGGGGGGGGGGGGGGGGGGGGGGGGGGGGGGGGGGGGGGAGGGGGUGGGGGGGGGGGGGGGGGGGGGGGGGGGAGAGGGGGGGGGGGGGGGGGGGGGGUUAUGGGGAAUGUGUGUGGGUGGUGGGGUGGGCAGGGGUGA